AUGCAGCCUUCGCGCCGGUGGUUCCUUGCGGGAGGCUGCUGGCUCAUGGCGUGCCUCGUAGCCCAAGGGGCUCUCCGUGUUGCGAGCGCAGUGUCUAUUUCUCGCUCAGUUGGAGUCGCAUCGGGGGCAUCAAGUGCGUCUUCAGCUGCGGCAUCGUCUGCGGCUGCUCGGGCAGUGGACGGCCCCCCGCGAUCGAGUGGAGGCUCUUAUGCGGAUCGCGGCUUCUCCAGCAGCAGCCAGAUGCCACGCGUAGCGACGAACACGGCAGCAGCAGCGGCCGCUGCUGCUGCUGCGCUUGCUGCCCUCUACACAGGCACGCUGAGCCUAGGCGUGGAGGGUUCGGCAGCAGGUGGUGGGGUUCAUCAAGGGGAAGCACCAUCCUUGGCAGAUGCGCUAAGCAAGGGCAGCAGGGAAGGCGCAGUAGCUGCUCUAGAGGCGGAUCGGCUGAACUGUGAUGCGGAAGGCUGUGCCUCCUACCCAGCGGCAGCGAGGGAAGGCUGCGCCUCUGCCUGCACCCUCGCAGAUGGGUGGAAGCCCUUGGGCUUCGCUUGGAGGCAACGCCUUCGCCAAGAGGAUCUGACUUUGCUGCGCAUCGAAGCUGGAGGCUGGGGAGACUGUUUGUUUCUCGCCCUCUCCAUGGCGUUUGGCCUCAACGGCAUGAAGGAGGUUGCUGGCGAUGCGCUCAAGCUGAGACAACUGGCAGCGAACGGAAUCGUGGGAAUCAACCCCUACGACUCGCAAGCUGGUGCGUGUAUACUCACCCCACACGGGCUUUUUGAGACGCGCGUGUGGCAGACCUGCGCCGCUAAGUCAAUGUCGAAAGAAUUAAACUUGCCGGCCUGCUCUAUUAUGGGUGGUGUGUGUGUACCUCUUUCUCUCUGUUGCCCUAUGUGGCGCUACCUCUAUGGACGGGCUUUUACUUUCCUCCGGGAGUCUAAAUAUAUAUAUUUGCGUUCCGUGUCGUUGGCUUCCAUCCUGUGGUUUGCAGAGCUCAGCCCCAAGGAGGAAGCUGCUUUUCUGGAUCGUCUUGCGGUUAUGUCAGCCUUAGAGGACUCCGGCGAUUGGGAUGAUGGAUGGUCGCCUUCAGUAAUAUUUGAUGGCUCAGAACCCUACAUUUCUUCUGCUGGAGUAAUUUUCGAUGUUUCUUCCACUAUGGGGAAGGUCCGCGCAGUCCAUCAUGAGCUGGGAAGGCCAGGAAACAACCACUGGGGUACAGCGGCUGAUAUCUGUGCGCUUGAAAACGAAUUGGAUGUGGGUAUCUUGGUGUUGGAUGGGGCCAGGGGCACGUUCUACGUCACGGGCUCUGAGAAUAAGCGGCGGCAGGCGUAUGUUCUCCUGUAUUUCAAGGGGGCCUGUCAUUUCCAGCUUGUUGGUGUCCAAACCCCCGAGGGUAUCAAGACACUCUUGUAUCCAGAGGAGCUGCCGAAGGCGCUUAUUCGUUUCUUCAAGGAGGACACGAAGCACGACCUUCUCGGCGGCUCCGCUGUCUCCGAUAAAAGUACUAAGCACCUUCAUGACACGGAUACUGCAGUGCGGUCAAACAGACAAAGAGGGUAG